AUGCCCCUCAACACAUUACGGCUCAACCACCAAAAGUCGUCCCACCCCAAUGACAGGAUAGUGUUCAUCAAGCCUCUCCCGCGCCCGGCGGCACAACGAGCGGAUUAUGAUCUCGCCGACACUUUGCUCCGGGCCAUCGCGGCACAGUGCCUGCCCGUCAUGAAGGGCCACUACCUCUCGGUGACGACGCUGGAAGAGCACGAGCCCAACCGAGAGUUCAUCGGGCGCAACUUCAACAACGGUGAAGUGAUCCAACUCGUACUGCGCGGUCAGGAUGGCAGACGAUGGAACCCGUUCGAGAUGGUGGCCAUGGUCAUGAUGCACGAGCUGGCGCACAACACUCACAUGAACCACGGCAAGGCGUUUUGGGAGACGCGCAACGCGUACGCCGAACAACUCAAAGGGUUGUGGACCAAAGGUUACACCGGCGAAGGGUUCUGGGGUAGUGGGAGGACCCUCGACGACAUGAGGACGACGAUGGGCGACAACGGCGUCUUGACGAGUCGAGAGCUGCAGGACCUGCCUCUGUGUGGAGGAGCGUACCGCAGUCGUAGACGGAGACGCAAACGUAGGGCCAAGGGAGGUCCCGACGACGGGAGAGAGUUGACGUGGAAGGAGAAAAAGGAGAGGCGGAUCGAGAAGAAGUUCGGCAAGAACGGCGUGACCCUGGGGGAGGACGAGGACAAAAGACUCGGGUUGGAAAUCAACAGAAAAGGACCCGUCGGGGGGAAACCUCGGGUGGCGCAGAGUAAGCGUGGGCGAGAGCUCAGGGCUGCCGCAGCGCUGGCGAGGUUCGAGAAGAACAAGCAAGAGGUUGCCGCGUUGAAUGGUCCCGAGGAUGCUGAUGAUGGGGAAAGUACCGAGGAAGAUGAAGAAGACUACGAAGAUGUCGAUGUACCCGAGGGAGAAGAUGCCAAGGACGUCAAUGGAAUGACAAUUCUCGACCAUCAAGGGAAUGGGAUGGUCAGGGUAUGUGAAGAGGAAGAUAAGGACGAUGAGAAUGUCAAGCACGAGUUGAGGGAAUUGGAAGGUCUAGAUUACUCCUUCAGGACUCGUCUACAGCAGCAGGAACAGCGUGAUGUUGACGUUGGGCCGAGCGCUGUGACUUUGUCGGCGCACGCAGAACACAACUCUCUGGACCGGGAUAGCCCAGUGGAAGAUGGGCGAGGUGACGACGACGACGACGACGACAAGAAAACGACAUCCAACCCUUUACCUCGGACAGGUUCGGCAGUUGAGGAGGAGAGAUCUAGCCGCAUACCGUCGACGAAGAAAACUACGAGUGGAAUGUCAGUGGUGUCGACGACACUCCCUCCGCUGCCGACGACGACGGUGAUACCAUGUCCGAUAUGCUCGCUCGAGAACCCCCGGGCCAACGCUACUUGCAUGGCCUGCGCCCACGUCCUGGAUCCCAAAAAGGACCCUCGGCACUGGUCGUGUCAGAGCGAGGUCUGCAAAGGCGAGGGCGGCAAUCGGUAUCUCAACGGUGGGGAUGCGGGCGUGUGUGGCAUCUGCGGUGUUAGGAGAGAGGCACUGCGAGGUGACUUGUAA